AUGGCAUGCAAGUGGCAAUGCGUGGCGACGCCGCUGCUUGUGGUGUGGUUGGCCGCGUCGGCGACGCAGCAGGGAUGCAACGCGCAGACGAGAGGGAGUGGGAAUGGUAAUCUGACCAGAGGGAGCUUCCCCAAGGGCUUCGUCUUCGGCACAGCCGCCUCCGCCUACCAGUACGAGGGAGCCGUCAAUGUGGAUGGAAGAGGACCUACAAUUUGGGACAAAUUCGCACACACAUUUGGGAAGAUCCUUGACUUCAGCAAUGCCGAUGUUGCUGUUGACCACUACCACCGUUUUCAGGAGGACAUUCAGCUCAUGGCAGAUAUGGGAUUGGAUGCCUACAGAUUCUCAAUUGCAUGGUCUCGGAUUCUCCCAAAUGGCGCCGGUGAGGUCAACCCAGCAGGCAUCAACCACUACAACAAGGUCAUUGACGCACUCCUAGCAAAAGGGAUUAAGCCGUAUGUAACCCUCUACCACUGGGACCUUCCCCAGGCCCUGGAAGACAAGUACAAUGGAUUGCUUGACAGGCAGAUAAUCAACGACUACGCGGCAUACGCGGAGACGUGUUUCAAAGCGUUUGGGGACAGGGUGAAGCGUUGGAUCACCUUCAACGAGCCACACACGGUGGCGGUGCAGGGCUACGACAGCGGGAUCCACGCGCCGGGCCGCUGCUCCGUGCUCCGCCACCUCUGCUGCAAGCAAGGGAGCUCCGGCACCGAGCCCUACAUUGUCGCUCACAACAUCAUCCUCGCUCACGCCAUGGUUUCAGACAUCUACAGGAAGAAGUACAAGGCAGAGCAGAAUGGAGAGGUGGGGAUGUCGUUGGAUGUGAUAUGGUACGAGCCUGUCUCAAACUCCACAGCUGAUGUUGAGGCCACCAAGAGAGCACAAGAGUUCCAGCUGGGAUGGUUUGCCGAUCCCUUCUUCUUCGGUGAUUACCCGGCGACGAUGAGAUCAAGGGUCGGACAAAGGCUGCCGAGGUUCAUGACGAAAGAGGCCGAUUUGGUGAAGGGGUCGCUGGACUUCGUGGGGAUCAAUCACUACACCACAUUCUACACAAAGGAAGACCAUACCACUGUCAUCAAAUACUUGCUGAAUGAUACCUUGGUAGACAGCGGAUCCGUCAGCCUCCCAUUCAGAAAUGGGAAGGCAAUUGGAGAUAAGGCCAAUUCGAUAUGGUUGUACAUUGUGCCUGGCAGCAUGAGGAGGCUCAUGAACUAUGUCAAAGAUAGAUACAACACUCCAACUGUCUACAUCACUGAAAAUGGGAUGGAUUACAGCAAUAGAUCUCCCUCAAGAAGGCCCUCAAGGACCGAAAAAAGGAUCAACUACCACAAUGACUACCUCACAAAUGUAGCUGAUUCCAUAAUGACGGACGGCUGUGAUGUUCGUGGGUAUUUUGUGUGGUCUCUCCUCGACAAUUGGGAGUGGACCGCUGGAUACACCUCAAGAUUCGGGUUGUACUUCGUACACUACAAGGAUAACCUCAAGAGAUAUCCCAAGAACUCUGUCCAGUGA